UAAAUUAAAACUUUUACGCGAAAUAACCAUAAUGAAACGAAGGACUGACCUCGACACCAAGAGCUCCAGAAAGGUCUACAAGAAAUACGAAUACACUGAAAUCGGAAGCAUCGAAGAAGAGAAUGAAGCCUCCAUUAACUUUUACGCGGUAGUCAUUGAUGCCUGCUUCCCAUACAAAGUUGACGAGAAAAAGUACAUGUGCUAUUUAAAAGUGAUCGACACUACCCACAACGUUAAAGAAGGCGAUGACAACUUUGCCAUAGUGGCGUUGCAGUCCAGGAAAUUCGAAGAUCUCCCGAUCAUCCAGCGGUGUGGAGACAUCAUCAGAGUGCACAGAGCUGAAUACAACUACAAAGACGACCAGCACUAUUUCAAACUCAACAUGUCUUAUUCAUCAUCUUGGGCUUUGUUCAGUGCGGACGAAGAAGUGGCACCCGAAGUCAUCAAAGAUGAAGGCGAUGACUUCACAUACAGAUCUUACGCUUAUUCUGGAAAGCAGUACAACUUCGACACUCAGGACCAGAAACUGCUGAAGAACACCAGGGCCUGGAACAAAAGCUACUUCGCCAAGAACGAUGUCAUCAUCGAUGAAAUGUACACUCCACUGAGUCAGGCUCGCCAAGAAGAAGGAGACUUCAACGUUGUCGGUAAAGUCACCCAGAUCGUCCACAGAGACUACUACACUUCCGACCUCAGAGUGAAGGACACUUCUAAGGCAACCUGGUUCUUGACUGUGUCAAGGAGGAAGUUCCCUCGACUCUAUGAAGGUGUCAUCAUCAAGAUUAGGUCUGUCAACAUUGACAGCGAAACCGAAAGAGAAAGGUGUCUUGAACUGGCGCCUCACUCCAACAUCAUGACUUUCGUGCCAUUCUCUCGUCUGGCCAAGAGUCUGGACUCACAGAUUUCUCUUAGUCCAGACAAAGUCGACAAAGAACUCAUCAAGAAAGUGAUCCUGACCGAGCCUGUGCUGGCUACAACCACAUUCGGAGACUACUCAGAGCUGCCACUGACUGAACUGAGCGAGAUCUUCGAAGAUGUCACUGACAAAGAUGCGGUGUUCAGAGCCAGAUUCUCGAUCUUGAAGAUCACUCCAGACAGAGUCGAAGACUACGUUGAAGAGUACACUCCGAAGGGAGCACCCAGGAGCAAGCCUGUGUAUAAAGUCCAAUUUCUAAUCAAAGACCCAUCGACUGCACUCAACGAUAAUCUGUACAAGAUCUACCUGUACUCUCACGGAGACCUGGGCAAAGAGUUCUUCCCUGGAGUCGACCCCAGUUCAGCUCAGACACCAUCUGGCCACAGCAAGCUUAGAAAAUACGCUUCAACACUAAUGAAGUUCAACGUACACAUUGACGCAGUUCUGGAGAAGGUGGGAGGAGCCUUCUUCAUUAGAGACACAGAAAUGAAGUUUUAAAU